AACGUGCGCGAGGUACCUGUGCCCGUCUAGCCAAGAGUGCACCCGCGUGCGCGAGCGGACUUCCGGCCGCUGCAGUGGUGGGGGGCGGCCCCGUGGGGGGCUGGGGGUCACUGGGACUGGCCGGCGCCGGCCCCGUGCGCGCGAAGGCGGGGGCGGCGGGGCGGGAGCCGCGGGAGGGGGGGCGGUACGAAAAGGGCGGCGCGCGCGGCGGCGGCGGCAGCUCCUCGGCGGCAGCGGUGGAGAGCGCAGCGCAGCCCUGGCUUUCCCCUUGCUGCGUGCCCGCUCCCCCUUCCGCGUCCGCAACCAGAAGCCCAGCGCCGCCCCGGGAGCCGGACCCGCGCCCGCGCCGUUCCCCGGACCGCGACCCCGGCCGCCCCGCGAUGACCGGGACCGAAGCCCUCCUGCCCGUCCUCUUGCUCCUGCUGGCUUUCGGCCACGGCACCUAUGGAGCUGAAUGCCUCCCGGCCUGUGACCCCUCACAUGGACACUGUGACGAAGACAAUAUUUGCAGGUGCCAGCCUGGCUGGCAGGGUGCCCUCUGUGACCAGUGCAUGACCGCUCCUGGCUGCGUUUACGGAAUCUGUGAAGAACCCUGGCAGUGCCUUUGCAGCGAAGGCUGGGGCGGAGAACUCUGCGACAUAGACACCCGACCUUGCAACCUGAUGCCCUGUGCUCACAACGGGACCUGCGUGAACCGGGAAAAUGGCCAGUACCAAUGCUUCUGCCCCCUUGGAUUUGCGGGACCGACCUGUGAGAGGACCCACGGGCCCUGUGCCGUCAAUGGUUCCCCCUGCCAGAACGAAGGCGCCUGCGUGGAUGAUGAGGGCAAGGCCGCCUAUGCCUCCUGCGAGUGCCGCCCUGGCUUCGCAGGCAAUUUCUGCGAGAUCGUGACCAACAGCUGCAUCCCCAACCCGUGCAAGAAUGACGGCGUCUGCACCGACAUCGGGGGCGACUUCCGCUGCCGCUGCCCGGCCGGCUUCAUCGACAAGACCUGCAGCCAGUCCGUGAACAACUGCGCCGGCAUCCCGUGCCUGAACGGGGGCACCUGCAUGCAGCACUCCCAGGUGAGCUUCGAGUGUCUGUGCACGCCCGAGUUCACGGGUCCCACCUGUGUCAAGAAGCGCGCGCUGGGCCCCCAGCAGGUCCCCCGUCUGCCCAGCGGUUACGGGCUGACCUACCGCGUGACCCCCGGGGUGCAUGAGCUGCCAGUGGCAAAGCCCGAGCACCGCGUCCUGAAGGUGUCUGUGAAGGGGGUCAACAAGAACACCCCUCUCCUCACUGAGGGACAGGCUGUCUGCUUCACCAUCCUGGGCGUGAUCACCAGUCUGGUGGUGCUCGGCACCUUGGGCAUCAUCUUCCUCAACAAGUGCGAGGGCUGGCUGUCCGCCCUGCGCCAUACCUGCACUCUGCGCAAGAGGAACAACGUGCUCCUGCAUUACCGCAGCGGCGAGGACCUGGCGGUCAACAUCAUCUUCCCGGAGAAGGUCGACAUGACGACCUUCAGCAAGGAGUCCAUGGAGGAGGCGAUCUGAGCGGCGUCCCCACAGCCCCCCCCCGCCCCCAUCCUGGGGGUUCCGCAGAGCUCGCUACUUGCGGUCUGUCCUAGUGUUUGUGGUGGCGUUCACUAUACUUUGUGUCGAAUCUGGUGAACGCUAUGCUUGCGUAUAUUGUCCUUGUGUUGCCGUGUGACAAACGCAAUGCUAAAAGAUCUUCUUUCUCUCAAUUAAUGCAUGCUAAAGAAUAAUAAGAAUUUCAUCUUUAAAUAAG